AACGGAGGAGGCCUGAGCAGGGGGGAACGGGAGGGAGCGGAAGUGCGGAUGGCGGUGAAGUGCCCUCCGUCACAGCUUCUGGCGCGGGUCUCGUCCGGAGAUCAAGCCUGGUCAACCCCUUUCGGAAGGAGGAAAAGUAAUAUUUAUUCCUGAAAGUGUGUGAAGCGGACGUUUUGGCCCGAAAUUGAGGUGCACGGGAGAUUUGUGGCCUGUGGACGAUAACUCCUUUUUGUUAAUGGACAAAACUUUGCCACGAACCAGGCUCUUCACUCCCGCUUUACUCUUUAUUGCAGAGUUCUUUUGCUUAUCUCUGAAUUUUGCAUUAGUUAAUUCAUUACUGGGCUGAAGUGGAAACAGAUGGAUCUCUGUCGAGCCUAGUUGCGACUGCAAGCGGGGGCGUACCAGUUUGGGGGGUGGGGAAUUGGGCUAGGAUAUUUAACAAUAUCCUAGGCACUUUAGUGUGUCUUCAAUUGAAAAUAUGAAGAAAUCGUAGAAGGAUAUGAUUAAAACCAGUGGCAGCAGUUUUCUUGAGUAUAUAGAAUUUAAACCUUCUCUCAGAAGUAUAUAGUAGAGCUAAAGAAGACGACAACCAACCAAGGGUCAUCUGAAAUUGUAAUUGGCUCACUAAUAAUCCCAGGACAAAGUUAGAGAUCACAACUCAAGCAUAAGAUCGCUACGAAGAUGUUUGAUAUAAAGGCUUGGGCUGAGUAUGUUGUGGAGUGGGCCGCAGAGGACCCAUAUGGUUUCCUUACAACAGUUAUUUUGGCCCUUACUCCAUUGUUUCUAGCAAGUGCUGUACUGUCCUGGAAAUUGGCCAAGAUGAUUGAGGCCAAGGAAAAGGAGCAAAAGAAGAAACAAAAACGUCAAGAAAAUAUUGCAAAAGCUAAACGACUAAAAAAGGACUGAAGGAAUGAACAGGCUCUGCAACCAGAGGAAAAUCAUUUGGAAAAUUAUGCACCUUUGGAAGAAGCCACUAAGGUUUCUUUGGAUUUUAUGACAAUAUUUAGUAAAUGAAGUCUGAGCAUAUGGAAGAAUCAUGUUAAUUCUGACCUUUAUUGUAGCAACUUUUAUGCUUUGGUAUAGAAACUUGACAGUUACUAUAAAUUGGCAUUCAUUAUACUACAAAUUAUAACUGAUUUAGUCAUUUACCAUUUUGCAGCUUAAAUAUUGAAAUGUAAACAUUCUGUGGAGGAAAAAAAUGACUUUGGAUUAUGAACUCUAUUUAAAAUAUGGCUUAAAAUGGGGUCCUGUUCUGGACAAAGGAAAUUAAGAAUGUAAAAAUCAGAGUUGUCCUGAGGUGAAAAAGGUUGCUUUGGCUUAAAAGAGAUAAAGCAUAUUAAUUACAUCUCUUAUUAUUGCUUAUUUCUUAGACUAGAAUUAUUUCUGGCUUUCUCAAAGCAAAAUAAGUACUUCUAUUUUCUGCAUUUUUCUCAUUUUAGCUUUUGAGAUACAGCUAAUUUUAUCAGACAUUCUACAUUUAAAAAAUCUAAUUUUAUAAAGAAUUCUCUUAUUAUCUUGACAAUGUAGAAUACCACCUACUGGACAUAACAAUUUUUGUAUUUAUGAACACUGCCAUUUUCUUAGAGAUGUCUUGUUGAGUAGAGUAACACUGAUUCAAAGCUUGCAGUAAAAAUGCCAAACCUCAUAGUACUUUGGAACCAGUUUAUUCUAACUUGUACUAAGUAGAAAUGUGAAGUAGUUAACAUGUCUUAUCUGAUAGUUUGCUGAUUAUGUAGCUAUCAUUUUUACUUUUUAUUCUAUUCUUUCUUUUAACUCAUGUAGUGAUGUCCUAAACUUUUUGAUCAAAAAAGUUCAUGGUGAAAAUUAAAAUUUCAAAUUUCUUUUAAGGAACCCUUAAGAGUUAACUCAUAUUUCAUAAAUGGUAAAGAAAGGCUUAAUGCUUGGAAAAAUUUUGUUUGGCAUAGUAGUAAUUGGAUGAAAAAGAUCAGUUGUUAAAAUGCGAAUGUUAUAAUUAGAAAUAAAAAGCCAAAGGACAUUUCCUUCAGUUAACUGGAACUUUUUACUAUUAAACUUGGCUUUUAUAAAUGCAUGGUCUAAAUUCACUUGCUGUUAGUAUUUAAUAGCUUAUUAAUGUUUCCUCACUUCUGAUAAUGAAUUUUAAAUUACAGAAAUCGUCCAACAGCUUUAAUUUAACAAUGAAAGUAGAUAUUGAAAUAAAUUUGAUACUUUUAUAAGGAGGUUCUGAGGUUUUGGUUUUUUUUGGGGGGUAAUUAAAUUCAAGUUAGAUAUGAAGUUAGACUUUUCAAAAGGUUAUGAAUUUCAUUUAUAGCUAAGCACUUGUAAAAGGUGAGGGCAAAUAUGAGAACCUAAGGACCUCUGAGAAUUUUUAUGGACUGGUUUAAUACUACUACUACUACUACUACUACUACUAUUUUAGGUUGUUAGUUCCUACUUGAUGUCACUGUAAGCAACACAUUACAAUCCCAGGCGCUGAAAUAACUCAGUGUUCAGUUAUGAGUUAUUCAGGUGAUCUAGGAUAUGCUUUUUGUAUUACUGAAAUUAAAACUUUAAAAAAAUGCUUAGGUAUAACUGUUGACCCUCAUGGGUCUGCAGAGCCCAGUUUCAGAAAACUAGGUUAAGAUAUAUCUAAAAUGCUUUUGGGUUUCUGCCAUUAAGCUGUUCAUGGAAGGAAUUUAUAUACAUAUGUCUUGCUUGGUCACAUUUUAGAAUAAAAAUACUAUAGCAAAA